AUGGAGGGAAUAUCCAGUUAUGGUCGACCGAUGAGUGCUGCUGCCCGAGCGGCCGCUAUGAGGGUAAAAAUGGCCGGUGCAGGUGUCAGGGUAACCGGUUCCUUACCUGGUGCCGGUCCGUCAUCAUUGACCGGCCCGACCUAUCUGGCCGCUCUCGAAAAACUCACCACGACAACGGAGAAAUGGUUGGAGAGUAUCGAAAAGUUAAGGGAGGCCGCUGUGAAACAGCAGAAGAGGGCGAAGCCGGAAGAUCCGGCGUCAAGUGAUGAAAGGGUACAUAAAACGCCACUUUACAAACUCGCUGCGAGAAAGAAACAAGCUGAAGACGUCGUGAUGAAGGAGGCUUCUCGAAUUCUGGCCGAAGACGACUCGGGAAAAUCCGUUGGUUCCAACGAAAGGAUAAGACCUGGCACCCCUACCAAUAUGCCCAAGAUCGUGGAGCCUCCGUCCGAUAUCAAAUCGUCCGGCCCUAUUUCACCACCGGCGAGGAAACUCGAUAACCUCGAUAUACAAUCACAAUCACGAUCACAACCACAGCCACAACCACAACCACAACCUCCCAAGCCUGACCUCGCUGAUGUGAUGAAUGUCGACUCUUCGGCACCUAAUAUUCCCAGAAUCGUGACACCCGCCCUGGAUUCCCCAUCGACAGGCCUUUUUCGACCUCCGGUAACCGCUCAAACUUCUGUCGCGAGCAUCCCACCGACGACGCCACCCACCCUCGUAACACCACCCUUGGCCACAGCCGGUGAGGUACACUUGACAAAGGAACCAGUUCUCGCCGCCGCCGCCGUUUCGAGUGAUAUAGCUGCCCCGGUACCGCUCCCAUUGCCCUUGCGUACGAAGCCAUCCGCAAACAGUCUGAAAACCGACACCAGCGUCAAAUCGUCCGAUGCCCUCUCCACCUCGGCCGCCAAAAAGCGUCGACUGUCCGCAAAAACCAUUCUCGAGAGCCUCAUGGAAAAAAAAUCACGGAAUCCGAUCUGGUACGACGGCGAGAUUCAAAAAAUAUUCACUGACAUGGUCUUCGAGAUGUCCCAACAAAUCCAAUCGAUGAAACGGGAAGGGAGGAUUGUCAUGUUCGCCAAGGAUCCGGCUUGUAGAAACUUGCUGGUAAGCAUGGAUAACAUGCUGCAGAAAUCUCUCCGAAUCGUCGAAGUCUCGAGCUUUCUAUUCUUGAAGGGAAAGCCCGAUGUCAACCAGGUCGAGACGUUGAAGACCGACCUUCAAAAAUCGCUUAAGGCAGUCGAGGAGUUCAAGAACAGCGGGUGGACAAUGUCAGGCAAUGACGAUGACGAUGACGACGACUCGGACAGCGAAAACGAUGAUGAGUAG